AUGUCAUUGGGAGCUUUCGCUCGGGAAUAUAUGAUCCGCUCCUUCUACAUUCCAACCAAUCUCUCGAAGAAGUCCAGUCCGGCGAUUAAAGCGACGGGCAUUACUAUUUGUGGACGUAUUCCUGAGUCAUGCGACACAGCAUGCUCUGCUGCUGAUAUAGUUUAA